AAUAGAAAACAAAAAAAAUGCCAAACUUGGUCCGGAGAUCCUUAAUAACAUUUCUCCGCGAUUGUUUAAGGUGGCCAAGCGUGGCGCAGGAGGAGCACGUGGCGAUAAAGGGGUUAAUGCGCAGAGCCAUCUGGCUGAGCUGGUUUGUUAUAAUCGAGCAGAUUCAUGUUCGCGGGAUUCAGAGUUUUAAGGCUCCUCUCCUAUAACAGAGUCGAGGAACUUCUGCACAAGCCAUCUGUGGAUUUUUUUUUAUUUUUUUGAAUGACCAGAUUAUUUCCAUCUACCUCCUUCUCUUCAUGUCGACUUCCCUGCAAACGUUCACACGGAUGCCAUGGUCACUUCUACCACGAUUCUCCACAUGGAUGGUAAAUAUUUCAAGCAUCCAGCUGUGUUAUUUAUGUCAGUUGUGUUGUCUGCAAGCUGAAGACAAUCCCUCAGAGGCUAAUAGUACUACUUACAAGCCCAAAUCCAGACGGGAAGGAUGGAGUGCCUGGGACCAGCAAAGAUGCCCCACGUUGUCCUGGUCCUGUAUUGCCUUAUGAAGUGCCCUUGCCUUAACUAUAUUGCUGGAGGAAUCCUCCUAUCUUACACGUGAACAAGGUGAUGUCCAUCUUGUUUUAUGUGAUAUUUUUUGCUUAUCUCCGUGGCAUCCAAUCUACCAACAUGGAUCAAGGGAGUUUACCGGAAGAGUCAAUAAAUUCUCUUAUUAUAAAACUUAUUCAGGCUGACAUUUUGAAAAAUAAAGUAUCUAAACAGAUGGUAGAUAUUGAAGAUAGUGUUCAGAAUGCUGUGAAGAAAACAGAAGUUAUGGAAACGGAUAUGGAUGACAGCAGCAACAUGAAGUUGGAUUCCCAAUCGGUUAUUUCAAUGGAUACAGAAUUACUGAGGCAACAGAGACGCUACAGCUCCCCCAGGGUCCUCUUGAGUGACAAUACUCCACUGGAGCCCCCACCAUUAUAUCUUAUGGAGGAUUACAUUGGCAGUUCGGUGGUGGUGAACCGAACCUCUCGGCGUAAGAGAUUUGCUGAAAACAAGAGCCACCGUGGAGAAUAUUCAGUGUGUGACAGUGAAAGCCGGUGGGUCACAGACAAAGCUUCUGCAAUUGACAUUAGAGGACACCAGGUAACGGUGCUGGGAGAAAUCAAAAUGGGCCCUUCCCCGGUGAAACAAUAUUUUUACGAAACAAGGUGUAAACAAGCCAAACCUGCAAAAAGUGGUUGUCGUGGUAUAGAUGAUAAGCACUGGAACUCCCAAUGCAAAACAUCCCAAACAUUUGUACGAGCAUUGACUUCAGAAAACAAUAAACUCAUAGCCUGGCGAUGGAUAAGAAUAGACACCUCUUGUGUAUGUGCGUUGUCCAGGAAAAUCGGACGAACAUAGAUCUUCAUUUCUCUGCCAUAUAAAUUAUUAUGUCUAAAUUAUAUGAUAUGCAUGUAGCAUAUAAAUGUUUCUAUUGUUUUAUAUAUUAUAAGUUGUCCUUAUUUAUUAAAUUCCAGCAAACUACAAGAUAUAUAUAGAUAUAUAGAUAUAUAUAAGCUCUUUCUCUCAAUAAAUAACAGUAAAGUAUGGGUGUUUACCACUGGCAGCACCAUUUCUCAUUACUGCUUGUGUUUCUACUCCUCCCCAACUUCCCAUUAAUUUGCCUGUAACAUCUCUGUGUAACAUCAGUAUUCUCCAUUCAGUAUUGUCAAUCCACUGACCACUGAGUAAACCUGUUAAAAGAAACUGGAUCAAGAAAGUUGCUGAGACUUCUGUACAUGUUUUUUUCUCUCUUUCCCAUCCCCCUUGUUUUCCAGUUGUGAAAUCUUCAUCCCAGAAACAAAAUUGGACAAUGUAGUCCACAGCUAAUGUUAGUAUUUCAUCCACUGACUAGUAUUAAAAUGUAUGUUUUCUUUAUGUUGAUCCAGCUUGGCCAUUAGUUACAGGGCUUCUCCUCGUAUGUUGCUAUUUCAAAACCACUGCUAAUAACCUUGCAGUUUAAAUUUAGGCUUAUUUUUUUAAAGAACACUUGUUUUUUAAACUGUCUUUAAUGCUGCCAAUUUCUUUUUAGAAGGCUAUGAAAAAAUCUGAAAUAUUCAUAAUAGAAUGUUGUCAAAGCCAAGAAGAAA